AUGGUUGUUUCACUAAAUUCAGCCAAUAUCUUCAGUCCCACUGUAAACUAUCAGCCGACAACUAGACCUUACAUUAGGGUACUAUUACUCAAGGUCCAUUCCGUCUCAUCUCUCUCACCUCCAGUUAAAUUGAAUGUUAAAAUAUCAAGAAUCCACCACCGUUUAGCUGUUGGAGGUGAUAAUAUCCCAACAGAAACAACCGAGAAAGACUCUAAACCAGUCCAAGGAUUAAAUUCUAAUGAUGAGCCCUCAUCAAAUGUUGCACCCAACAUAAAAGAGAACAGAAUCAUGCAAUACAAUGAGGCUUCACAGUCAUCCAAUGGGCCCGUAUAUCCUGAUCCGAGCCUGUCCGCACCCAACCCGAGCCUGACCUCAAAACGGGCCCCACUAACAGCGAGAGAGAGGCUGAGGGCUGCAAGAGUGCUAAACCGUUAUAACGACUCGAAGCCGACGAAGACAGGACUCAGAAGCAAUUUCUUAGAGGCUUUGAGAAACAGCGAUAAUGAGGGAAAUAGAAAGCGGUCGGGCCUUCCGGAAGCACCUUCAAAUUUGUUUGACGACAGCAAGAGAGGUCUACCUAAGGAGGGGUGGACGAUCAAUCUCCCAGGAGAAAGGAGUGGGCGAGCGAACAACGAACAGGGGUCGUGCACUAAUCGGACGAGCAAACAACGAUCGGGCCGAGAGUGCAUUCGAGGUGCAAAGAAAUGUCGGCUGAGAGGAACACGGGCAUCUACCCACCACACGGCUGAUUGGAGCUCACCGGUCACGACCGGAGGUGCGACCAACUUGUCAUCGGAACGGCGAGGUGUUCACGGAAGGAGAUGCGACCGCCUGGAGAAUUUCGAUAUGGAAGGGACUGACCGGAUUUGUGUGACGGAACCACCGUCGUCAUCGGUGCCGGCGCCGCUGGCCUCUCUGCCGCCAUGGAACUUCGCAAAGAAGGCCGCACUGUCUUCGUCUACGAGCGGGCAACCAAGGUUGGGGGGACAUGAGCCUACACACCAGAAACAGAGGCCGACCCAAUGGGACUCGAUCCGACCCGAAAAGUCGUCCACUCUAGUCUCAAGCAUCGCGUCGCCGCCAUCUUCUCCAAGGUACUUUGUGUUUUGCAUCAGGAAAGCCUGCGAAAAAAUUGGACUGAUUGGGAAAGGUGUUACUGAUGGUUUUUCUUGGGAUAAUAAUCUCUAA